AUAAAGAAAGCCCAGGUGUGAAUAAUUAGGAAAGACAAACGUUUUACCAAAGAAGAAAGAAGGAAGAAGCAUUUGUUUGGUUGAUAAUGUCUUCGGUGAGAGUAGCGGUCCGAGUCCGUCCUUUGAAUAAAAGAGAAAAGCGGUUAUCUUCAAAGGUGAUAAUUCACAUGAGGGGGAACACAACAUCUAUUCAUAAGCCUUCAGCUGUUCGAGGGGAGAAACUGAAGGACAGAGGAAAAAUGUUUUUAUACGACUACUCCUUUGACUCAAUUGAUGCAGACAGUCCCACAUUUUCAUCGCAGGAGAAGAUUUUCAAGGACUUGGGCUCAGGCGUUUUGAAAGCAGCAUUUGACGGUUACAAUGCUUGUGUGUUUGCAUAUGGCCAAACGGGCUCAGGGAAAUCUUACACCAUGAUGGGAAAUAAAGUGGAUAAAGGUUUAAUCCCACGGAUCUGUGAGGGAUUUUUCCUGGAGAUAUCCAACAGAAGCGGGAGCGACGGCAUGUCAUUUCAUAUGGAGGUCAGUUAUCUGGAGAUUUACAAUGAGCGUGUACAGGACCUCCUAAAGAAGAGGAGUGGAGGCUCAGAAAGUGGGGCCUUGAAAGUGAGAGAACACCCUACGGAUGGACCUUAUGUUGAGAAUCUAUCAAAGCAUGUGGUGCUCAGUCAGAGUAAUGUGGAGAGCCUCAUCACGCUUGGGAAUGACACCCGCACCAUCGCCAGCACCGGCAUGAAUGACUUCAGCAGCCGUUCACACACGAUCUUCACCAUCAUCUUUACCCAGGGAUGGUUUGAUGGCGAGUUGCCCCAUGAGAGGCACAGUAAGAUCCAACUGGUGGACCUGGCUGGCAGUGAGAGAGCUGAUGGCAUGCAGGCCGUGGGCAGCAGGUUGAAGGAAAGUGCAAACACCAACAAAUCCCUGGUUACCUUGAACAGUGUGAUCUCGGCUCUCGCUGACCUUGCAGUGAGUGGACAGUCAACAAAAAAGAAGCAGGUCUUCAUUCCUUACAGAGACUCUGUGCUGACAUGGCUACUGAAAGACAGUCUUGGUGGAAACACCAGAACUACAAUUAUAGCAACCAUUUCUCCCUCUGAUGUGAACUAUGAGGAGACCUUAACCACUCUGCGCUUCGCCAGGCGGGCUAAAAACGUAAUAAACACCCCAACAGUGAAUGAAGACGGCAGCACCAAGGUGGUCAGAGAGCUGAAGGCAGAGGUCAUCAGGCUUCGAUCACUUCUAGCUGAAGCCGCUCAGGUUUUUGAUGUGCAUUGGGCUACUUCUGUAAAGCAAAGGGAGAAGUUGCAAUGCAAUCAAGAAAAGGAAGAAAGUGUUGUUCUGAGAAAGGGGGGGAGUAGGGUCAUCUUGGACUGCCACUUGCCUCAUCUGAUAGGCCUCAGUGAAGACUGCCUCACAACCGGAAUCCUCCUGUAUUAUUUGAAAGAGGGCAAAACCUGGAUUCAAAAUGAAGCUUCAUGUUAUCAGGAAACUGUGCUUUCUGGACCUGAACUCCCCCGUGAACAUUGUCUGCUUGAGAACUGUGCUGGGAUUGUUACUCUCUUCCCUCAGGAUGGCGCACUGUGUUCAGUUAACGGCUCUGUGGUUACACAUCCCUGCCAGCUGACUCAGGGUGCAAUUAUACAGCUAGGAGGAGGACCCAUACUGCGGUUUAACCACCCAGCUAAAGCUUCACAACUGAAAGAGAAACAGCAGAGCGGGCUGCUGUCUUCCUCUUCCCAGUCUUUGACUGACUUGUCCAAAUCUGCAGAGAAUCUAUCCGAAGUGAAGCUGCAAAACUCUGGUCAGAUGGAUGUGCUGGGUCUCAAAAGCAAGUCCAAAGACCUGAGAAUUUGUCUUGGAUCUACGCCGACAGAGAUCCAAAUUACAGCCAAUCCUGAAAGAGACCCCGUCCCUCGAACAGUUUUCCAGUCGGGCAGAGAUGCACUUCAGGGUCAAGGAAGCAUCUGGGAUGGCCAGAAGCAGGAGAGGGACUCGUGUCAUAAAUCAGGGCCAGGGCUCGUGUCUGAGAGCCCGCAGAGGACGUCUCGGAGUGGAGCUGGUGUUGCAAGUUGUGAGACGGAGGAAGUUUCAUCAGGGGGUGGCAGCCUCCAACAGACAUGUGUCCUGGGCCCCAGUGAUGGAUGUGGCAUGAAGCCAGAAGGGAAUGCUAAUGAGAUCCAAGGUGUCGACGCAGACUGCUAUAAGGGGAGACCCAGCUCUGGUGGGAACUCAUUAGGCAGCAUGUCCCACCUGCAGAGUAGUGGAGGAAGUAGCUCCUUUUCGGUCCUCCCACAGACCAGCACUUAUUCUCAGUUCAACAGAAAACCACUUAGCAAGCAGGUGGCCUGCUGUCCACUCAAAGAUGCUGCUUUCCAGGACCAGCACAGUUGUGGUGAGAUGGAGGAAACAGGAAUUUUGAAGGAGAUCAAAGGAGUUGCAGAAAACCCAGUUAGAAAAUUAGGGCUGGGCUCUUUGUUUAGCAAAGUGUCCUGUAUUGUCCGUGAUGCACACAGUCUACUUUGGAGGUCUCCUGCACUUUUGCACCAACUGACAACUGCAAAAUUACAACCUGUUGGCGCCUGCUUGUCUAGCCAUGUUCUGUCUAUAGUGAAGGACAGCCAUAUCUUCAUGGUCGGAGGGAGCUUUGCUUUUUCGCUUAUCAGUAAGAGUCCCAUUUUCUCUGUUGUGAAAGCUUUGCCCCUCAUACGGCACAUCCAAAUGAAUACAUCUCACCCCCUUCAGCCCAAAGAGGCAGCUCUUAUGAUUCAGGACUUCAAUAAUUCCAACAACACGCAACUCUCAACCUUGACACUAAGACAAAGCAUGACAGAACAAUUGGUAGGUGAUGUGCUGGAAGUGUCUAGGGAUUUCUGCAAGAGAGAUUUGCAGUCACCAGAAAAGCAAGAUGGGAAUAAUUUUCAAAUAAAACAAGAUGCAGUCAUUUCAGAGCCUUUGAUGCCAAAACAAAGAAGCCCUCAGUGUUACAGCAAUGGUUGCAAGAUGGAUGUUAUCCAAGCGACUGAAGAUGUAGAUCAGGCAGAAACUGUUCAUGUUUGCAUUCAGACAUUGAUAAAAUUUCCUAAUCCACUUCUGAAGCUACAGACUCUGCCUUUGGGAGAUCUGAUGGGUGUUGUACAGUCGGUCUCUUGUUCAGUGCCUUUCUCCCAGAGGAUCAUAGCACUUCACUGGUUGAAAGUAGCCAAAUGUAGCCAACCUGAUCCCCAGCCUGGCCUCUUGAUUGUGACAAAAACAGAUCUCUACACACUGACUGCCAACUCUGGGGCCCUGGUCUUGUUCCAUCAUCUCCCCUUGUUGCAGCUGAGUGAUGUACUGAUAGGCUUUGCUGGCCAAAGUUUACGUUUAAUAGACACUACAGAGGAAAGCAUCCUGGGUGUUUAUACCCACAGCCAGAAGCAAACCAAAGAGCUGUGCGGUGCCAUACUAAAUGCUGUCUGUUCUGGGGACAGCAGGCUUCAUCAGUACCAAUUGCUGCAUGACAACUUGAUGGAGUUGUCCCUAGACUGCAAGGUCUAUGUACCCGACAUGCAGCUGGACUCUGGCUUGAGGCUUUACUGUCGAUUUCAGAACAGUCUCAUUGAUCUGCUUGAUCUUAUUCAUUGUAAUAUUGAUCAAGCGACAGUCGCUCUUGGAGAGUUGCAGCUAUUGAUGUACACCAGUGUGGCCAUGCACCUGAGUUGCCAUGUUCAUAGUGAACAAAUGGCCCAGUUCUUUCUCACAGAUACCCAUUUUGGUCUGGCAAAGGAGGAUGUUGUGUUUCCAAAAGCAAUAUUUUCUCAGUUUGAUGUCUUGGCUCUUUGUCGUUGCUCAGAUGUGCACUGUUUACUGAUGCAUGAUGAAGACAGCAGCGGAUCUGUCAUGGUGGAUGUAAUCAUUGCAAAAGCAAGGGCCAAAGGCCACCCUGAAAGCAUGGCGAAGCCAGAUACCCCAUCUGAACAUCUUUUCAAUUCAUCUCCGCACACAGAAGUGUGGAAAUUAACUUUCAGUUGCUCCACAGAGGCCACCUGCCUGAUUAAUCACUUGUCAAAUGUCUGAUCAUGGACUAAACCGUCUGUAAUGAACAGCCCAGCUUAAAAACUCUCACUGGGAACAGUGGCAAAAAAUGCACUUUGACCAGACACUGAAGGGUGACUUCUCUAUUAAUGAUGGUGCUUUAAUUUUUGUCAUAUUGUCACAUGCCUUUUCCACUCUGAAUUUUGUUUUUAAAACACAUGAAUUUCUUUAUCUUCACUGCUCUAUUUGGUUUAGUUAUGCUUUAGAUAAAGGUUUCAUAUUUUUGUAUUGAGAAUUAAUAAGUAACAGGUUUUGUAAUUUAUAUAUAUUUUUUUACUAAAAUGGAAAUUAAUGUUCUGCUAC